AUGCCUAGAGUAAAUCUUGCUCCAACAAAGAAUGGUCGUGUGCAGGCGUUGCAACGACUUGCCAAAAAGGAUGAUUUUCUUCAGUUUAUCUAUCAUUUAGAUCCUAUCCCUACAUCCGUGCCAGCUCCUCCGUUGACUGCUAAUCCGAUAUAUCCAAAAUUGCCAGAAAUCUCCGGUGAUCAAGUUCGUUCAACAGUGUCAGCUGUGAAAUUAUCUUUCCAAAAAGGAGAACGCUACCAGACGCGAUUUGAACGGCUUCGGCGUCUGUUUUCUGUGGGAAAGUCAAAUGGCCGCAAUUCGCCACCGGCCGUUAUCGAUAUGGAGCAAUUGAGAAAAGAUUGUUGGAUGGGGAUUCCGCAUAAGUUGCGACCGCAAGCUCGGCGUUUGCUCUUGGGAUAUUUACCAACGGAUUACGAACGGAGAGAAGUCACAUUGGCAAGUAAAAGAGAGCAGUACUGGCAUUAUGUUGAACAGUAUUUCCACUUGCGAUUCGAUGAUCAGAAUAACGACACUUUCAGACAGAUUCAUAUCGACAUACCAAGAAUGUGUCCAUUGAUACCAUUGUUUCAACAAAAACUUGUACAAGAGAUGUUCGAAAGAAUAUUAUACAUCUGGGCGAUACGCCACCCUGGUAGUGGUUAUGUCCAAGGAAUCAAUGAUCUUGUAACACCGUUUUUCGUAGUUUUCCUAUCAGAGUUCGUGCCACAAGAUGUAGAG